AAUCGAGCAGACGCCUGAGACCAACCAGACCGAGAACCGAGCUUUCCGUUGCAAUUCUACCGUCAGUUGCCCCUGCCGAUGUACCAUGGUGUUGAUGGCAGUUGAUGGUGCUGCUGGUGAUGGUGGUCCAAGAAUAUCAAACUCAUUCUCACAGUUGUCCGAAGCAUUUGAACGACGAUCAACAGGUACGAUCGGAGACAGUCACAGAUUGAUGAUGACAUAAAUCAUAAUCGUUCUGCUGAACCAACUUCACCUGCCCCGCUCUAGGCUAGGCGUGUUGAUCUUCAAAGAUUAAUCGUUGAACUGCAGAACAGGCCACCACCAGGGAAUUAACUCAUCGAUUUCGCUGUGAAGAAUUGGGAACAGUGUAUAAAAAGUGUUCUUGUUUCUGUUCGUGUUUCCAGUGGUGUGACGAGAAAGAGAACACGAUGUUCAAUUUGCUCACUAAUCGUGAAAUUAAAGUGAAAUGAUAAAUCAUUAUCGCAGUGACGAAUUUCAGAGAAACGCUUCGUUGGCGUCACUGCGGAAGAGUGUUUCAGUGUCGGGGGUGAACGGGCCAAGUGCAAUAAACAGAAGUGUUAUAAGUGCAAACAUGAGUAGUUGACUACCCUGAUAGCUUGACAAACUGUGCAAACUCUGAAUGAAAGAUUGACAGGAGACUGAUGAUAGCGAGAUUUGAAAGUGAGCGGAACAAAUACCGAAGAUGAUGAUUAACAGUGAUAGGCGUAACGAGAACGGCGUAUUAAUCAGCAAUCAGAUGGCGCUAAACGGUGCUCGGUAUCAGCAGCAACGGCAUCAAGUGAUGACAACAAACUGGGAAGGCGUGGGACUGAAGCAAGGCGCAUCGCCCAUCGAUGAUGUCAGCCAUUGCCAGCAGCAGCAGCCGGUCGAGAAAAGUGUUGUUAUGCGAAAUAAAGUGAUUGAUCUGGACAAAAACCGCAUAAAGUGCGGCCGCAGUAAACUCUGGUCAAGGCCGUUAAGUUUCUCCGGUUUCUUCAAGAAGUCACUCAGCCAAGGCUCGAUCCAACUUGGGCCGAGCAGAAAUGGGGAGGGCAGCAAUAUCGUUCGGCACAGCGCGGCCUAUGCAGUCAAUCACGGGUCCGACCCUAAUGGUAACGAGUUGUCCGGGCGGAGUGCGAAACUCGAUCUGAACAUGAUUCGGAAGCUGGAGGAGGAAUUGUACAAGAGAGAUCAUGGUGCACAACAAGAUGAGGGCAACGCGGAAGCGAAAGAUUUUCACGAUUUCUAUUUUAGUCAGAGGACAUUUGAGGAGAGGAAAACGUUCUCCAGUGACACUUCGGCUUACAGAGGAAAUAGCAAAGCAGUAUUAGUAGUUGAUUCCCAGGAUUUGGAACCAAUGCUGCUGAAGCGACCGCUCAGUACAGAUGAUUCACUUUUGCAAACUGGGUCAGUAGCGCUGGAGAGCUGUAGCCACCACGCAGAUCCAACGAACAAAUCCAUCAUCAUCGUUGACAACUCCGAGUUCUAUCCGGUACUAAUGAGAUAUGAUAUUAACAGCGAGCUAGUGAAUCGUCAGCUCCGGGAGCAACAGAACCGGAAACGAAACCAUGACAAACUAAAAAUAACCACUCAGAACGAUGGUUUUCGGUCAAAGUGUGUGUUAACGAACGCGAGUGCCGAUGCUCCCCCGGCCAGCAGUAGUAAUAGUGACAAAAUUACGAUAAAACCACUGUCAGCGUCCGAGAGAACAACCGCUCCGAAAGACUUGCCUUCAUCAACGUCAAAAAUGCAAACGACUCGCGACAAAUCAACCGCUUGUUUUGAAACCAAAAAUAUAAACAAUAAUAACCACGCUGUUCAUCAGAGGAAACUAGUCGUAAACACACGUCCACCGCCCCCCGGCGGACCGGGCAGUGGCGACCGAGCUAAGAAAGUACACUCAAACCUUUUUCAACGAUUUCUCCUUCAGCGGCGAAGUCUUAAUCUGUCAGUCAGACGACGGAAGCGCCACGAGUGUCAUUUUCGACCUCCGCCAGGCUAUCCCUCGUCGGAUGACACUUCACUGCCAGACUCCAAGUCCGCCGGAAACAAUAAACUGAAAUUCGAGUAUCUCAAAAAAAUGCAACGAUACGAUCCUACCAUUCCGUUCACUGCCAAUCAGCAUCUCACCGUUAGUGCCCGAACAAUGAGUGAACCUGAUCUGUACUCUAGAAAAAACUGGAAAAGCGAACAUUUCCUCCAACAUUUGCAACGCGUUUCUUACAGCUGGAGUACGGGUGAUUUGAGUUGCCUUAGCCACCUGAUGUCAUCGAGCAAAACUUUCGAGAGUAUGUUCGACAAUUGCAGCGACAAUCUCUCCCAACUAUCAGCCGUAGUAAUUUCUUCCAGCAGCAACGGAUCGCCAUCGUCCGGCUCGCUGACAUCAUCCUCCUCUUCUUCGGGCUCCCGGAUGCAGUCUAUGUUGGCAAAUCACUACCAUUUGCUCCAGAGCAGUAGGGAACGUUCAGCGAAUCGGAAUAUUUCAAGGAUUAGAUGUAGUCCAGCGGCUUGUGGUAACUCCACUGGUGGGAUGUGUAACGCCCCGCCUCACCAAGUUAGUGGAAAUCCUCUGCGGAAGAAAUCUUCUUCGUUCAGGGGAGUGCUGAAACGAAACAACACGACGGAUGUUGUCAACACGUGGAUUUUUAGGAAAAGCUACGAUGGCUCUGGCAACGGUCUAGGUGAGCCCCCGUAUCGGGGGCACCACGGUAGCCCACAUUCGUCGCCAUCGCGCUAUUCGUACAACAACAGCGCCAAGACCAGCAUUCAGCAUUGGCGCACGUCCAGUGCCGGUGCAACGGACUUCAAGCGUAACUCCAGACUUCGCAGUUCAACCAGUGCCGUACCCGGUGGUUGCGCCGGGGGAGGCAGUGGUUCAAGUACAAGCAGCGGCAGCACCGGAUCCAACAUGGUCGACCUCAACAUACCGCGUGGUCACUCACCGCACUUCAGUCCGCUGAGGCAAACCACACAAACCGGUGACACACAGACGCUGCAUGUGUAUCUACCGAACCAUGGCUUCCGAAUGAUCCGCUUCGAUGAGGCAUCCGAUGUUCGGCAGAUAAUCAAUCUGAUCGUGAAUUCAAUGUCACCCGGUCAUAGGACAAACCCGCAAAGCUAUGCCCUCCGGCUGCGGCAUAUGUUGACGAAGGAGGUCCUGUGGAUGCCACCGGACACCUCGAUGUCGCAGGUGAUGGCGCACAUUUUCAACCCGUCCUGUAGCAACGCGGACUGUCCGAACGUGGAUAAGAGCACGAUUGCGAAAAGGAUGCAGCAGAAGGCGAGUGGUGUCGUCGGUCACGCAAAUAGCGUGUGGAAGGCGGAACUGCGCGUACGCUAUAUACCAAAAAGCUUGAAGGAACUGUACGAGAAGGACCGCACCACGUGUCACUUCUAUUUCGACCAGGUCAAGCAGGACUACAUCCAGUCCAACAUACCGAACAUAGACCAGGACAUUGCGGUCCAGCUGUGCUGCCUGGGAAUUCGACACUACUACAAAGAUACGAAUCAUUCUUCAAACGAUCGGAAAAUCCAUCUGGAGUACAUCGAGAAAGAGAUGGGCUUCAGCAACUUCAUACCGAAAUCUGUGAUAGAUACCAUUAAGCAGAAGAAUCUGAAGAAACUAAUCCAGGCCGGCUACAAGAAGGUCUACAGCUACAGUGAGAUGGAGUACAUGCUAAAGUUCUUCGAUUUGCUCCGAACACAGUAUACGUUCGAUCAGGAACAGUUCAAUGUCCAGUUGAGUAGCGGGUGGAAUAUUCGGGUUGAGUUAAUAAUCGGUCCCCACGUAGGUAUUUCCUACUCAGUAAAUCCUCAGGCACCUCCGACAAAGGUGACCGAUUUCGAGAACAUUGAGCGGAUAACUACCAGUGUGGUUUCGUCGUCGCUGACAAAAAGCGAUCAUCAGGGUAAACAUCAGGGUUCUAAGUAUUCCAAAGACCAACCAGAUCUAACCAGUUCCUGUGGUGGCGGCGGUGGAGGAGGAGGCAGUAGCGAGAAGAAGGACAAAAAGGGCGUAACGUGCUCGUGUAGUGAGAUUAAGACUCAGCUCAAAAUCAAAGUCAGUGGCAACAGUGAGGACUUGACAAUCACAUGUGAUGGUAUUAAGACUUCCGAGAGUAUAGCAGAUCUAGUCGAUGGUUACUGUAGAUUAUUUAACAAUACUGAUAUUAGCUUAUGGGAUCGUACCGUAACACCAAAAAUCACCCCGAACAAUAGUGCGACUAAUUCGCUGGAGAAGAGUCAGUUCAAAAGGAUGACCGACUCACAAUCAUCCGAGAAGCACGAUUCGACCCGAUCGAGCAGCGAUAAAUUGAACAGUUCAAUGCACAAUGAGCUCGAAGCGAGCACCAGCUCCAACAACAAGCCAACUUUGAACGAAGACUAUGCCGAACUUGGUAUGUGUGACGAGGAAGGGGAUUACUCCACACCGGCUGCCCGGAACUAUGAGUUGGAUCGGAACCAAAUCACUCUGAAUGAAAUUAUCGGGGUGGGACAGUUUGGUGAUGUACACAUUGGUACAUGCAGACUCUCGGGCAAAUCAACUCUGGUCAACAAACUGAACCAAUCGCUCACUAGUGAGUUCGAUGACCUUUCCAUUUCGGGUGGAAAUGGAGAGAACAACAACGGCGAAGCUCAGCAGAAAAGCGGUGUGAUCCAGGUGGCGGUCAAAACCUGCAAAGCGGACGCCGAUCUUGCCACCUCGGAGAAGUUCCUGGAGGAAGCAUAUAUAAUGCAAAAGUUCGAACAUCCUCACAUCAUCAAACUGAUCGGUAUCUGCAGUGGUUCGCCAAUCUGGAUUGUUAUGGAACUGGCUCGGUUAGGCGAACUGCGAGCCUACUUAAAAAAGAACGGUCCCAAGUUGAAGCUUGGAACUCUGCUGCUCUACUCCUACCAACUCUCAACCGCGCUCAGUUACUUGGAGUCGAAGAAAUUUGUUCAUCGGGAUAUUGCUGCCCGCAAUGUGCUCGUCAGUUCACCGACUUGUAUUAAGCUUGCCGAUUUUGGACUAUCAAGAUGGGUUGAAGAUCAGUCGUAUUACACGUCCACCAAGGGAAUGUUACCGAUCAAGUGGAUGGCCCCGGAAUCGAUCAAUUUUCGGCGAUUCACUACCGCUAGUGACGUCUGGAUGUUCGGAGUUUGCACUUGGGAGAUCCUGAUGCUGGGCGUUAAGCCAUUCCAAGGUAUUAAAAACUGCGAUGUUAUUGGGAAGCUAGAGAAUGGGGAGCGAUUGCCGCUGCCACCCAAUUGUCCUCCACGGUUAUACUCUCUGAUGUCACAGUGCUGGUCAUACGAACCACAUAAGCGACCAAACUUCAAGAAUAUAAAAGAGGUGCUAUAUGAAAUACUUAUGGAGGAACGCCACAGUGACUGCGAAACGAUGCGUCGAGAGAACCGUCGUGUUGCUGCCAUGUCGUGGGGUGCCGGAGAUGAUGUGGCGCCUCCCAAGCCAGCACGAGGUCCCACCAUGGGCGGGGAUGGCUCCCAACAGGCUCUAGGUGCCCCACAAACCUACAUCAUCGCUCGGGACCCGGCGGUUCUGGCCGCCCUGAUGCGUGAAAACGAGCAGCGAGGAGUAAAUCCGUCGUCCUACACAACUCCAGCCUCGGUAUUUAACACUCUAGCUGUAGAUUUAGAUCCCAUUGCACAAAAUAAUACUGAUAACGUCGCGGUUGUCAAAGAGGCCAAUCUGCCGUUGAAAACUGUCCCCUUGCCUGCAACCGAACUGCUUAAACUUGAUCCCAUUGUCGAUGAAUCAAACAACCAAGCAACGGCAGUGCCCCCCAAUGGUGCCACCAUGGAAGUGAAAAAUCAAAAUUCUCUUGUAGCUUCACCCUCCAACAAUGCUCCUGGACCUUCGGCGGAGCAUGAAGACACCACGGAAUUGUCGAGUACCGAAACCUUGGAACGAUACAAAAAUCCACAGGACGCUCUGUCCGCUAACAAUAAUCCCACCAUUCCCACUAAUCAACCAACCCAACCAAAUUCCACCCAGUUCCCAAUCCCAUGCGAGAUCAUCAAUGCAUUCACCCAGCAGACUCAUUCCAUUGAACCAACCUACAAAGCGAUCCAGAAGAACAAAACCAACAACACCUCCGUUGUCACGGGAGCUGCGGCCACCAUACCCGCGAACCUGAACUCCACGCCAAUGAACAAUAAUUUCAUGCAUUCCAAUGCUCCCCAACAGACACAACAAUCAGGGCAACAGCAGCAACAGCAACUUCAGUAUUAUACGGCAACGAUACAGCCGAUGCAGGGUAACAUGGUGAUGUACCAGCAAUUUUAUGUCCCUCAACAACAGCAGCAGCAACAACAACAACAACAACAACAACAACAGGAACAAUAUUUUCAACAGGUAUCAUAUCAACAGCAAAUCUUCCAGUCUCAGCAGCAGCAGCUUUCCCUCCAACAGCAGCAACAGCAUGCAAACUAUAUGCAGUAUCCGGGACAAUUUGUUCAGUCAGCCCUGGUCAAAUCUCCCCAAGAGGAACUUGUUGCUCAACAUCUCCAUCAGCAACAACAACAACAACAAAAUCAACAAUCUGCAAAAUCUCGCAGUUUGGAACGGAAUGUGGGUCAAAAUAUAGUUACGGCUUACGCCGCUAAAAUCAACUCGCUGGAGCGUACCCGUCAAAUGAGCAUGGAGUACGGUGCGGCAAAGGCCAUGCGUUCGAAUUCCCUCACCAGACAAUACAGCGGGGGGAGUCAGGCAGACUCUUAUCCGGUUAAUCACGGUGUCAGGUCCGCCAGUCUGGAGCGUGGAGCUCAAAUGGGUCAGACGUAUAACAAUAGGAUGGGUAGUUUGGAAAGAAAUCAAAAGCAAAUGAUCUUCAUGAACAAUAUCAGAGGCGGGAGUUUGGAGCGGAACCAAUCGGCUGCAAUAGUCAGUGACAUGAUGAAUAAUAAAGCUGCUUCCUACAAGGGUGGCAGCUUGGAGCGUAAUCAACACAUUAUGAUGAACGCCGGAAGCUUGGAGCGGAAUAUGUCUUACCAGAACUAUCGAAGCCCUGUAUCGGCAGCUCCCCGUGAACAGGAACCCUUUCAAGAAGAGAUCUAUGAUUUUGGUGGAGUAAACGUAAAGUCUUGUGCUUCGAUUGCAUUGAAGAAAAGCGUCGAAAAGGGUAUUCUCCCUCCCAGUACUCUGAUGUCUCCGGCUGGAAAUCAGUCUGCUGCCAAUUUUGCUCUUCCUCCACCGUAUAGUUCAGCGCAAAGUACCAAAUUCGGUGCUCAACAGCAACAACAACAACAACCACAACCACAACAAAAUACUCCUCAGCGUUCAAUGUGGCAGCAACCAGCGAUGUUCCACCAGCAACAGAUGCAAUCUACUCCAUCUACUUUUGUUCCGCCAAACCAACCUCAAAUGGGGGUUCCCAUUAUCGGUAUAGCUUCGUCUCAACAAGUUCAGUUUUCUCACCAGAAUGCAUCGGCUGUCAAAAUGGGAAUUGCACAAGUAAUUGAAUCUCAGCAUGUGCCAAUGGUGGCCGCAGUGGCACAACAAGCCACAGCGCUAACACAGCAACAACCGCCACAAAGCGUUACCAACUCCGGACAAGCUCAACAGAUACAGGAAACGCAGCAAAAUCUCGAAGCGAAACUUCGCAAACAACAACAGGAGAGCGAAAUCGACUCCAAAUGGCUGCAGCAGGAAGAGAGUAAUCUUAAGAAACGGUUAAGUCUUGUGACAUCCGCUGCCACUAGCAUUCCGUCUGAUCAGCAGCAGCAAGAACUCAACAAUGGCAGUAGCUCACUGUCCGGUAGUUACCAUUCCCAGCAGAGUCCACAUUUUUCGCCGCAAAACACGAUGUCAGGACCACAAAGCCUUGGUGAUCACUAUCCGACCACACCAAAUGCAAUGGAUUCGAGACCUCACACACCAGGUUCAACCUCAGGGAUGAUCAAAUCCAAGAGCUCCUCGAUGGAACGCUGCACAACGCCACUGUCCGGUGACGAAAAGCUGGUACUCAAGAAAGUGGAACCGACGAAAACGUUACCACUGGAUCGUACCGGGGAUAUUGUGUACAGUGCAACCACAAGCGUGGUCAAGUCGAUAAUGGCCCUCAGCCAGGGUGUGGACAAAUCGCAGGCGACUGAGUAUCUCGAUCUGGUGCGAAAUGUUGGCAUCGAGCUGCGCUCCUUGCUAGGUGCCGUUGAUCAGAUUUCCGUUUCGUUCCCCGCACAGUGUCACAAGGAAGUGGAGAUGGCACAUAAAGUAUUAUCCAAAGAUAUGUUCGAGUUGGUGGCGGCUAUGCGAUUGGCGCAACAAUACAGCGACACUACGCUUGAUGCUGAAUAUAGAAAAAGCAUGUUAUCAGCAGCACAUGUACUCGCAAUGGACGCCAAAAAUCUGCUAGACGUCGUUGACUCGAUCCGCAUCCGCUUCCCCAACCAAAAGCAGCCAAGUCUACCAACCAGUCCCAUCCAGAAGCAGUCUCCGCCGAUGACCUCUUCACUGGCAUCAUCCUCGUCAUCUCCGGUGGCACUGACAGCCUCAUCAGUAAGCACCAGCAGCUGCAUUAGCAACCAUCCGUCCAGUGGCGUCCUACCGGCCGCCCACCACCAACACCAGCAGCAGCAGCAGGGUUCCUUCGGUUUGCCAACCACAUCCGAAUGCUACCAGAACCUACAACCAAAGCAAAUCUUCCACUCGCAAAGCUCACCUCCAAGUUCACUAACGCAUUCCUACGAGGGUUCACAGCCCCAAUUGUACACCAACCAGCAAAGUGGAAUCUACGACAACGAUUGUGUCAUCAGCCAACAGUUGUCCGCCGAUAGCAAACCCAGGAAACCAUUGAUUGCGGCUAAACCGCCGCCAGCCGCUAUCGCACCCCAUAAGUUGAAAUCUUCCAGCCUGUUUUCCACCAGCGGUGAACUUCCGGGUCCAGAGGAACUACUAAACGAACCGCUUAAGAUCGUGGAAGAUCCAGCUGAACUAUACUCGAAUACAGCCACUGCCAGCGGCAAUUGUGUAGCCAUGAGUGCCGGUACCGUGGUUACUUCCAGUUCUACCAACAAUAUAUCGCUGAUGUCCUCCAGCAACAGCUCCGGUGCGAUAAAACUGCCCGAACCCGUAUCAUGCACCAUUGUUCAAGAGAAUCUGCUGGCAACCAAUAACCAGAAAAUCAUGGCGAAUAAGUUUUAGUGAAAGACAUACGGUAUUGUACUAUUUUUAGACAAAGAAAAGUAACAUUUAAAAUUUUACUAUUCUUCUAUAUGUAUAACAUUCAGACAUAUGUUGCUACAAAAGCAAACUAAAUCCAAUGGAAAUCGUAUCACUAUCUGGCAUUAUUGUAGAUAAUUGAUUCUUAAAAUACAGUAAUGAACAAUAGCUGAAAAGCGAUGCAAAUUAAA